AUGGCUUUCGAGUUAUCCGAUGCGCAUGCCAUCCUGCUUGCGACAAAUCUAUGCGCCAGUGGUAGCGCAGCGGACUUGCCUGCCCUACAGGCCCGGUUUCCUCAUUGUUUUCCCUUUGAGCGUCUCCUGCGCAUCAUAUUGACCUUCCUCCCCGAGAGCACAGAGCCCUCUAGCUACACCUCGGUGCUCCAAGAGCUAGAAAAAGGAGCUCCUUUGUCCACAGAACGAGAUAUCGAUACAAGUGUUGUCAAAGACCUGACUGAAACGGUCGCUCGAAAGCGCGUACGGAAGCUUAAUCUCCGACCACUACAACGCCCUGACGAGGAAGCCGAAGUCGCUUCGGCGGAUCCUUUGACACAAUUUCUCAUUCACCGGGCGCACCUGAUUGACUCUGAAACAGCACUACAGCCUUUGGUCCUCGAUCUCCUCCUACCUUUCUAUGAACGUUCCCCGAUCAUUCGAACAUGGCUGAUCUCCAGCCUAUUACCACUGCUUCGACUCAACUACGAACUUUACGCGAAUCGGGAAGAGAAUAUAUCAUUUGAAGUCUUGGAGUCUAUGGAUGAUCAGACCGCGAUCAACAUUCUAUUGUCUUUGAUCAGCGACGAGGAAAACAGCAUGGACUUGGUCAAUAAUUUAAAAGGUCUCAUUGGGCCUUGGCUAUAUGGUGGCAACAGGUCAAAGCGACGGAGACUCAAUGAGGCGGCACAGCAGAACUCAGUCUCAUUUAUCCAAGGCUCAGAGAAACCUCAACCGACCGAAUUGGCAGGGUGGGAACAUGUCAACGAGUGGUUAGUGUCGCGGAGCCUCGUGGACCACGAAAGCGUUGUCAAUGCUUUCAGACACUGGGAUGGACCGUCCGACGUUGAUUUGGGAGGAUAUGACGACCCCGCGAAAAGAUUGGCAGAUGACAAGGCGAGGGAAUUGCAGGUCCGAUAUGGUCAAUCUGGUCUUGCCGUGGUGUAUGCCCAUGCGGAUUCAUCGCCGGCUGUUCUUGACGGGUCAUUCGAAGUGCUGCAAAGGGUUGCGAGGCUUUUGAAUCUUGAAGACAGCUUGUAUCUGAGUACUGGCUCGGAACUACAUUCUGUGCACUAUGACACCGAUCCAGUAUCCUCGACCUCCAGAGCAUCGCUAUUGCAGAACUCUCUUCUGAGACCAGCCAAUCCUCUAACAAAACCUUCACCCUCAUCGAUCUCAUUUCUCAGCGCUCUGCUUACCUCCCUGCGUAUAUUGACCGAACUAGGCCAUCUCGUUCCCUGUCGAGUUGCAGCAAACACCUGCUUGCACAGCACUCAGGAAAUGCAGUUGACCGAGUUGAAAAGUGCCGUGGAGUCUACUGUGAAGCAGUCCCGGUCACCUCAAGACUGGUCAAUGGUCCGGCAAAAAUUACUUUGGCUUCGAGACUGGCAGCCGAUAGAGCCAGAAAACGCAUGGGAUGAGCCUUCUUCGCCUUACCACGGACUUUUCUGGAGAGUCCCGCGGGAGACAGUUGAGACAGAGAUCCUAAAGGCGAUGCUGGCAGCUAAAGAAUAUCAAUUAGCUGUUGAUUUAUACACCAAUUCCCAAUCAGCGCCGCUUGAUUCUACUCAGCUUGAAGCGGCUGUUCAGGAGGCCAUCUUCAUAGCAUAUGACAAUGCAAGCAAUGGUAACAGAACUCGUGGCGGGAUGAAGCGAGCUUAUGACAUUCUGCAAUCAUUCCAACCACACUUCCCCGAGUCCGCAUCACUGAAGCAAAUUCGCGCCCUCAUUGCCGCUACACAUGCCCUCUCAUACUACUCUCUCACCCUCGAACAUGGUGUGCCAUUCCAGCCCGUCAGCAUUCGGGUGCAUCAUGAUCCUAUUCUAUUGAUCGAGAAGGUACUCGAACAAAACCCAAGAAGCUACACCAAAUUGGAUGACCUCCUUUCCAUCGGGCGCAACCUCGUCGCUGCGGGUGUGCCGGCAAAAGCCGCAACUCCUGACGACGAAGACGAGCUCUUUGAUCGUCCAUCAGAGGAACAAGUCACACUUACCUCCGAACGCCGCAUCACCAGCCUGGCAAUCAACUCUGCCCUCUCCUCUGACGACUUUGGCACAGCCUACUCCUACAUCCAAACUCGCCUAUCACCCCCUUCACUUCUCUCAUCCCAAUCCCUGACGCCCACCACGCCAGAUGAUAUUUCCUGGCGAGCCGUCUACAGCGCCGGUCGCUACCGCUCAACAACACCUGUAAACCCACCACCACCCCUAACCACCCAAAUCACCCACCUAUCCCAGCGAAUGGAACUCCUCAGCCUAUCCCUUGUCCUCACCCCAUCACCAGACCCUCUCCCCGAGAUCCUGGGCGCCUGGCGCCGCUGCGACGAAGAACUCUCUUCCCUCCGCGCCCGCGAACAGCAAGAAGAAGACCUCUGGGACCGCAAAGGCGAUACCCUCUCAUCUGUACCAGGCGGUUUCGGACCAUCUGAUUCAGAACGCGACGCAUUCGACACGGAGCAGCAGCGUGCUGCACGGCGCGCCAGGGCCCGUGCUGCCUUGCCGAAUUCUCAUCGCCAUGAGGCGCCUAUGGGUCUCUUCGAUGUUGCACGCGGUGCCGCGAUGGCUAUUCAUAAGAAUGCAUUCCCAUUGCGAGGCAAAGAAGACGUUACUGUGAGUGAUGAACGGCCUCUAUCGCCGGAUAGUGAGGGUCGUGUGAGGAAGAGGGAUAUGGUUAGCAAUAUGGUCACGGGUGGAUUGGUCAGUGGUAUUGGGUGGGUCAUUGGUGCACCUGCCAAUAAGUAG